AUGAAUAAAAUAUCACAACGGUUAUUCUUCCUCUUUCUACAUUUUUAUUCCAUUGCUUGCUUUAUUCAGAAUAACACUCGAAAGACAUUCCAUAAUAUUCUUCAGAAUGAACAGAUAGGAGAUAAAGAAAGAGCAUUUUAUAGAAAAGAAAAACGUCAAAAUAUAUUUAUAGGAAACAAAAUGAAACAUAUAAAUAAUAUGACUAAUACACACAAUAAUAAUCAUCAUAUAGAUAGAGAAGAACAAGAAAUAGAAAACAUAAACAAAAUAAAAGAAGAAAAUAAAAACGAAGAUAUAUGUUUUAUUGCUGGCAUAGGAGAUACAAAUGGAUAUGGAUGGGGUAUUGCUAAAGAAUUAUCCAAAAGAAACGUAAAAAUAAUUUUCGGUAUUUGGCCUCCUGUUUAUAAUAUUUUUAUGAAAAAUUAUAAAAACGGUAAAUUUGAUAAUGAUAUGAUUAUUGAUAAAGAUAAGAAAAUGAAUAUAUUAGACAUGCUACCUUUUGACGCUUCUUUUGAUACUGUAAAUGAUAUAGAUGAUGAAACGAAAAAUAAUAAAAGAUAUAAUAUGUUACAGAAUUAUACUAUAGAAGAUGUAGCCAAUUUAAUACAUCAAAAAUAUGGAAAAAUUAAUAUGCUUGUUCAUUCUUUAGCCAAUGCUAAAGAAGUUCAAAAAGAUUUAUUAAAUACAAGUAGAAAAGGUUAUUUAGAUGCUCUUAGUAAAAGUUCCUACUCUUUAAUAUCAUUAUGUAAAUAUUUUGUCAAUAUUAUGAAACCACAAUCCAGUAUUAUUUCAUUAACAUACCAUGCUAGCCAAAAAGUUGUGCCAGGUUAUGGAGGAGGGAUGUCCAGCGCUAAAGCUGCACUCGAAUCCGAUACCAGAGUUUUAGCUUAUCAUCUAGGAAGAAAUUAUAAUAUCAGAAUUAAUACUAUCAGUGCAGGACCACUUAAAUCAAGAGCAGCUACUGCUAUUAAUAAAUUAAAUAAUCCAUCCGGAAUUAAUACAAAUCAAAAUAAAAAAAUGACUAACCAUGAUGUUCAUAAUAUUAUGAACAAUUCAGGUGAAAAAGAAGAAAAAAAAAAUUCAGCUAGCCAAAAUUAUACAUUUAUAGAUUAUGCAAUAGAAUAUUCAGAAAAGUAUGCUCCAUUGCGUCAAAAGUUAUUAUCAACGGAUAUUGGAUCUGUAGCAUCAUUUUUAUUAUCAAGAGAGAGUCGUGCGAUAACUGGGCAGACAAUAUAUGUGGAUAAUGGAUUAAAUAUAAUGUUUUUACCAGAUGAUAUAUAUCGCAAAGAAAAUGAAUAA